AUGAACAUGGAGAUCAAAGAAGCAUUGGAGGAAUUCAAGAGGCUGAAGAGGAAGGCUGUGGAUAUUCUUAUAGAGAACCGGAAGUUGUUGGAUGCAAAUACAAGGGAAUUGAAGAAAAAUUCUAAGCCAAAAACAUACUCAAUGGAGGAGUUAGCUGAAGAUGAUACAGUAAAUACUGGUACAGUCGAUGAAGCAGAUCGACUGCUGAACUAUUCAAUAAGGGAAUACGAGGAGUGGGAGAAAAAACAAGGGAGACAUAAGGAAAACGUCCACGUUACUAAAAGUAGUGUCAAUUCAACUGCACAAAUAGCAAAAUUUACGUACGAUAAACAGAUCAAAAAAUUGCAAAAACAAAAGUCCACAAAUGAUAAUAGAGGUAAAAUAUCAAAGAUAAGGAAAGAUCCUAAAACUGGGAAAAUAGUCGUAAAUGACAGUAAACAGCUGAUCAAACAAUUAGCAGAGGAUUUAAACCAAACUACAAAGGAGAGAUAUGAUAGAACAAAUCAGAAGAGACAAAAGAAUAGUGAUCAAAAUGAGAACUAUUCUUAUAUUAAUGAAAAAAACAAAGAAUUUAAUGACAAAUUGGAGAGACAAGAAACUAAAUUAUUAAAAGACAUAAAUUGA